UAAAAAUACGCGAAAGUUUAGUGAAUGAGUGACUAGACCGUAUUUGUCUAUGGCGGGAAAUUACGUUUUAUUUUUAAUUAUAACUUUCCAGAAAUUUUAAUUUAAAAAAACGUUAUAUUUAAAAAAGGAAAUAUAUCUUUUAUAUAUAUAUAUAUAUAUAUAUAUAUAUAGCCCAAGCUGUAGAAAAAAGAAGUUGAGAAAGAAAGAGAAGAGAGCUAAACAGAGAUCAUACAGCAUGAAUCUACCACCUGGUUACGUGUUCGCACCGAGCGAAGAAGAGCUGAUUGUUGAUUAUCUUGAAAAGAAGGUUAAUGGACACUCAUUACCAAUGCACAUCAAUGAAGAUAAUGUCUACUUGUAUAAUCCAUGGCAACUCAUACAAAAAUAUCCAUUGCAGAGGUUCGAUGAGGGUUGCUUAUACUUAUUUAGUCCGCUACAUAAAUUAUCAGAAGGUGGAAACAAACGACCUUCUCGAUCAGCUGGAGACGGACACUACAGAAGUUCGAGAUGUUAUCCAAUAAUCUCCUCUGAAGGCAACACAAUUGGCUACGAAACACAUCUAAAGUUUUAUAUCGGAAAACCAUCUAAUAAGGAUGAUGACGACAACAAAACUAAUUGGCUUCUAACAGAGUAUAGAUUAAUGAACAAACAACCAAACAACAACAACAAGACUACUCUUGAUGAAUGUGUUUUGUGCAAACUGUACUAUAAUGAUCAAAAAGAAGAUGAAGAUGAUGAGAGUAGAAAACGAAAGAGAUUUACUACAUCUACAACAACAGAAGAAGAUCAAAAAGAAGAAGACAACAAGAAUAAUGAUCCUCUCUCUCUGUCACAACAACAACAACAACAACUAAAUAUUAAUGAUGAUAAUCAAAUAGAUCAACAUGAAUCCAAUCCUCCUAAUCCUAAUCCUAAUCCUAAUCUAUCAGUAGAAGAAUGGGAAUCAUAUUUCAACAUUACUCUAGAUCAACAUUUAGAAGAAGAAGAUGAUCAAGAUGAUGAUAAUGAUACACUUUUCUUUAAUCAGCUCAACCAAGCAGACUAUCCACCGCAACACUACUUCGAUGAUCCACCAUAUAAUCUUGCUCCACAACAACAACUACACAAUCAUAAUGAAAUUGACAAUCAUAUCGAAAAUCUUCUUCAACUUCUGAAUGACAACUGUGAGAAUGAGAACCACAACUCCAACAACAACAUCAUAUUCUAAGUGUUUCAAUUCAUUUCUAUUACAACCUUCACAACAACAACCAACAACAACUUCAAUCAAUACAACAUGAACUAAUAAUAUAAUUAAUUAUUAUAAUUUUGUCAUAAACACAUACAUUGUAAUUUUCUUCAACUAUAAUUAACACAUUAAUCAUGUAAUCUUCAGUCACAUUUAAUACAUACAUAAAUAUAUAUUAAUUAACUCUUUCUUUUUCUUUAA